ACUAUGGCUGACGCGAAAAACGAUGAUCUGGCCACGGCCAUUCUGAAGCGCAAGCAAAAGCCCAACCGCCUUUUUGUUGAAGAGGCCACCAACGAUGAUAACUCCGUCGUCGCUCUCUCGCCCGCCAAAAUGGAAGAACUCAAUCUGUUCCGUGGCGACACUGUCCUGUUGAAAGGAAAGAAGCGCCGCAAUACUGUCUGCAUUGUUCUCUCUGACGAAACUUGCCCGAAUGAGCACAUUCGCAUGAAUCGCUGCGUCCGCAACAACUUGCGCGUCCGCUUCGGAGAUCUCGUGUCGGUUCAGCACUGCCCCGAGGUCAAGUACGGAAAGCGCAUUCACGUGCUCCCGAUUGAUGACACCGUGGAAGGUGUCACUGGCAGUUUGUUUGAGGUCUUCCUCAAGCCGUACUUUCUCGAAGCUUACCGCCCCAUCCACAAAGGCGAUCUUUUCAUUGUCCGCGCCGCCAUGAAGGCUGUCGAGUUCAAAGUUCUCGAAACUGACCCAAGUCCCUUCUGCAUUGUCUCGCCCGACACCGUAAUCCACUGCGAUGGAGAGCCCAUUAAGCGAGAGGAGGAAGAGGAGUCUCUGAACUCUGUCGGCUACGACGACAUUGGAGGCUGCCGCAAGCAGUUGGCUGUCAUCAAGGAGAUGGUUGAACUGCCGCUGCGUCAUCCGGCUCUCUUCAAGGCCAUUGGUGUGAAGCCGCCUCGUGGCAUUCUGCUCUACGGACCUCCCGGUACCGGUAAGACUCUGAUUGCCCGUGCUGUCGCCAACGAAACGGGCGCUUUCUUUUUUCUCAUCAACGGCCCUGAGAUCAUGAGCAAGUUAGCCGGCGAGUCUGAGAGCAAUCUGCGCAAGGCUUUUGAGGAGGCCGAGAAGAACGCUCCGGCCAUCAUCUUCAUUGAUGAGCUUGAUGCUAUCGCCCCCAAGCGUGAAAAGACUCACGGAGAAGUCGAACGUCGCAUCGUUUCGCAGUUACUGACUCUGAUGGACGGUCUCAAGCAGCGAUCACACGUCAUUGUCAUGGCUGCCACCAACCGUCCCAACAGCAUUGACCCUGCUCUGCGUCGCUUUGGACGAUUUGACCGUGAAGUGGACAUUGGCAUUCCCGAUGCCACUGGACGAAUGGAAAUUCUUCGCAUUCACACCAAGAACAUGAAACUGGCUGAGGACGUCAACCUGGAGAAGAUGGCCCAGGAGACACACGGCUUCGUGGGCGCCGACUUGGCUGCCCUCUGCACUGAGGCUGCUCUGCAGCAGAUUCGCGAAAAGAUGGAUCUUAUCGAUCUGGACGAGGACCAGAUUGACGCUGAAGUGCUCGCUUCACUUGCCGUUUCCAUGGAGAACUUCCGCUACGCUCUGGGCAAGAGCAGUCCCAGUGCUCUCCGUGAGACAGUCGUCGAAGUGCCCAAUGUCACCUGGAAGGACAUUGGAGGUCUGCAGAACGUCAAGCGUGAGCUGCAGGAGAUGAUCCAGUACCCGGUGGAGUACCCCGACAAAUUCCUCAAGUUUGGCAUGACUCCCUCUCGAGGUGUCCUCUUCUAUGGCCCUCCUGGAUGCGGUAAGACGCUGCUGGCCAAGGCCAUUGCCAACGAAUGCCAGGCCAACUUCAUAUCAAUCAAGGGUCCUGAACUUCUCACUAUGUGGUUCGGUGAGUCGGAAGCUAACGUUCGCGAUGUGUUCGACAAGGCUCGUGCCGCCGCCCCUUGCGUGCUUUUCUUUGACGAGUUGGACUCCAUUGCCAAGGCUCGAGGUGGCAGUGUGGGUGAUGCUGGCGGCGCCGCCGACCGAGUCAUCAACCAGAUCCUCACUGAGAUGGACGGCAUGGGCAGCAAGAAGAACGUCUUCAUCAUUGGCGCCACUAAUCGCCCGGACAUUAUUGAUCCUGCAAUUCUUCGCCCUGGUCGUCUCGAUCAGCUGAUUUACAUCCCCUUGCCCGAUGAAAAGUCGCGCGAGGCCAUUCUCAACGCCAACCUUCGCAAGUCACCCAUUUCCAAGGAGGUUGAUCUCGGCUACAUUGCCAAGAUUUCUCACGGUUUCAGCGGUGCUGAUCUGACCGAGAUCUGCCAGCGAGCUUGCAAACUGGCUAUCCGCGAGGCCAUUGAGUUGGAGAUUAAGCGCAUCAAGGAGAAGAAGGAAUCUGGCGCCGCCGAUUCGGCUAUGGAAAUCGAGGAACCCGAUCCAGUUCCUGAAAUUCGCCGCGACCACUUUGAAGAGGCCAUGAAGUUUGCUCGCCGAUCCGUCAGUGACGCUGACGUGCGCAAGUACGAGAUGUUUUCGCAAACUCUCCAGCAAAGUCGUGGUUUUGGCACCAAUUUCCGAUUCCCCGGCAGUCAGCCUGCUUCGCAGCCUGGUGCCCCCAACAGCAGCAACAAUAACAACGCUGACAAUGAAGAGGAUCUCUACACUUAA